AUGAUUAUUAAAUCAAUCUAUUUUACCAUUUGGUUAUUCAUUGGGUUAACUUGGGCAAUUAAAGCCAACCCAUUACCAAUUCCUCAAAAUAUUACUUGGUAUGGAAAUGAACCAAUUAUAAUCAAUUUAGAUUCAUUAGAUAUUCAAUUAUUGGAAUCAAAUUCAAUUAUUCAAGAUGCAUUUUAUCGAACUAUUAAAACUAUUCAGAGAUUAAAAUGGUAUCCUGCCACUUUUGAACAACCGAUUCCUGAAUUUGAAUCAAUCCCAGCUCCUCCUUCUCCUCCUCCAUUUGAUAAAAGAAAUUAUCGUAUUCAACAAUGUUUUGGUUUACAAUCGAUAAUUAUUGACGUUAAUGAUUUUGAAGCUGAUUUACAAUUAAGUGUAGAUGAAUCUUAUACAUUAGAUAUAAAUGAACAUGGAUUACAUAUUUCUGCAGAUACAAUUUGGGGUGUUUUACAUGCAUUCUCUACUUUACAACAAUUAAUCAUUUAUGAAAAUGGAUUAUUUCAAAUUGAACUGAGUGUAAGUAUUAUUGAUUAUCCAAAAUAUAAACAUCGUGGUUUAAUGAUAGAUUCUGGUAGAAAUUAUUUAUCAAUUGAUUCAAUUUUACAACAAAUUGAUAUAAUGUCACUUUCAAAAAUGAAUUCAUUACAUUGGCAUUUAGUUGAUUCUCAAAGUUGGCCAAUUUAUUUAAAUGCUUAUCCAGAAAUGAUUAAAGAUGCUUAUUCCCCCCGGGAAAUUUAUACUAAACAAGAUAUAUUAUAUGUAAUUGAUUAUGCUUUUGCUAGAGGGGUUAGAGUAAUUCCUGAAGUAGACAUGCCAGGUCAUGCCCGUGCUGGUUGGAAACAAGUUAAUCCAGAAAUUGUCACUUGUGGUAAUUCAUGGUGGUCAAAUGAUUAUUGGGCAAAUCAUACUGCUGUUGAACCACCUCCAGGACAAUUAAAUAUCUUACUACCAGAUACUUAUGAAGUUAUUAAGAAUGUUUAUCAAGAAUUAAGUGAUAUAUUCCUCGAUGAUGUUUUCCAUGUCGGUGCUGAUGAAUUACAAUCAACUUGUUAUAAUUUUUCUAGUUUAAUUCAAAAUGAAUGGUUUUCGAAAAAUAAAACCAUGAGUCAAUUAACUCAACAUUAUAUUGAUUUAGCUUUACCAAUUUUUUAUAACGUAUCUCAAAAUCGAAAAUUAAUGAUGUGGGAAGAUAUUGUUACAACACCAGAAGGGGUAAAACAAUUACCUCGUGAAAAUCUCAUUUUACAAUCAUGGAGUGCUGAUCCACUUGCAGUGAAAAACUUAACUCGGGAUGGAUAUGAUGUUAUUGUUUCGCUGUCACUGCAUUUAUAUUUAGAUUGUGGUUAUGGAGGUUGGGUUACUAAUGAUCCAAGAUAUCUUGAUACCUCUGACAACCUAGAAUUCAAUAAUGGUUUGGGUGGAAGUUGGUGUGCUCCAUAUAAGACAUGGCAAAGAAUCUAUGAUUAUGAUUUCGCCAUGAAUUUAACUGAUACUGAAGCUGCCCAUAUCAUUGGAGCAGAAGCUGCACUUUGGUCAGAACAAGUUGAUUCCACUGUCUUGACAUCUAAGAUCUGGCCACGUACUGCGGCAUUGGCAGAAUCAACCUGGAGUGGUAACCGUGAUGGUAAUGGAAAUUUAAGAACUAAUUGGUUAACUUCUAGAAUUCUUAAUUUUAGGGAAUAUUUAGUUAGUAUGGGAUAUGGUGCUUCUCCAUUAGUACCAAAAUUCUGUUUACAAAAUCCUCACGCUUGUGAUUUGUAUAAGAAUCAAACUGUAUUGAAUGGUUACUAA